AGCUCUACUACCUACACUCGAGUCGACACGCCGCAGAACUGAACGCGAACUGACGGGCUUAUGCUGAUGAUUCCUUGGCUUGGAUAUUUAUUUUGCUAAUUUACCAGCAUAUUUCUGACAGACAGUUGAAUUGCUAUACCUAUUCACCCGAAUUCGAGCAUAGAAAGUAGCCACCAGCACAUUCCCAAGAUAAGGCAGUGCCAGUUGAGAGCCCGCUGGCGGACAACUUGAUACCAUGUCGACUGUGCAACUGGCACCAGCACGUUUUUUUGAAGCUCAAAAGAGCAACUCUUUCGACCAAGGAAAUACCACAGGAGCAGACUGUGCCGAGGAAGGUGAAAUCGCCGUGGACAGUGACGUCCCUGACGACCAAUUCCAUGUGAACGAUUCUGAAGAUGAAGCUGAGAAUACCGACGGGAGCGCAGCAGAUGAGGAAGAAGAGAAGCUUGAAGAGGUUGAAGAGUCAGUCAGAGAAGAUAUGAAGAGGCUAGAGGAUACAUUCCCAGGAAUUUCGCGGAAGUUUCGGUUGAUCAACCGGAUUGGAGAGGGCACAUUCUCCACUGUAUACAAGGCAGAAGACCUAUUGUACGACUAUUAUCGAAACGAUUGGGAUACUUUUCAGGAACAGAACUGGCCAAGCCCUCCACCCAAGAGGCGGAGAUUGGGCGACGAGAGCGAUCACACUUUGCCUAGCAAACGAAGGAAACCUCGAUAUGUUGCAUUGAAAAAAAUAUAUGUAACAAGCAGCCCUAUCCGGAUUCAGAAUGAACUUGAGCUACUACAUGAUCUCCGAGGAUGCAAAUCUGUGUGCCCACUCAUUACUGCAUUCAGACAUCAAGAUCAAGUUGUGGCAGUCUUGCCCUUCUUUCCCCAUACCGAUUUUCGCAUCCAAUAUCGCACUUUUAUGGUUUCUGAUAUGCGUCAUUAUUUCCGGUCUCUAUUUACAGCAUUACAGUCAGUCCACAAGCAUAAUAUUCUUCACCGCGAUAUCAAACCCACCAAUUUCCUCUACAAUCCGGAGGUUCGAGAAGGUGUUCUAGUUGAUUUUGGACUUGCAGAGCGCGAGGGUUCUGAGUAUACGGGAACGUGCCUUUGCGCCUUCCCACCUCAUGUGCGCCGUGAACGGAUAGUGGGAAGCUAUUAUUCUACUCAUAUGUCGCCAGGAUCGUCGAUUGGCUAUCCCAAGAAUGACUCGAGGCCAUCAAGACGCGCCAAUCGGGCGGGAACGCGCGGAUUCAGAGCACCAGAGGUUCUAUUCAAAUGCACCUCUCAGACUACAAAGAUAGAUAUGUGGUCGGCUGGCGUUAUACUUCUGACCUUUCUCGGACGACGCUUCCCAUUCUUUAACGCUGCCGACGAUGUUGAUGCGAUGAUAGAAAUGGCAAGUAUCUUUGGCGCUCGUCGCAUGAAGGCCGCGGCGGCAAUACAUGGGCAAGUAUUUGAGACAAGUAUUCCGACUAUUGGAGAGAAAGGAUACAGCUGGGAAAGGCUGGUCAAGUGGGCAAGCUGCGUGGAGGAUUUGACAGAAAGUGAGAAGCAAGCGACACGCCUUCUCGCUAGACUUAUGGAAUUAGAUCCACAAAAGCGAUUGAGCGCCAAGGAAGCCUUACACCACGAGUUCUUCACGGAACCCAUUGAGCAUGAUGUUGAAUGGGGAGGCUAUGUCGGAGACAGUGCAGAUUCGGGUGAGGACGAAGGUGACGGGGCCGAAGAAGAAGUGGACGAAGUAGCCAUGCUUUAGAACUCGGAUUCGUGGAAACUGUAAAAGUAUUAGACUUUGGCACCGCUCGUGGGUACCUCAAGAAGCGUUCAUGGAAAUUCACUGAGAACUACUUAGACUCUUCACUGCUACCUUGACAGACAAAUAAGUAGUUGUCAGUUCUCUGUGGAGGUCAUUCUUAAAUAGCUGGGUUGUCCCACAGGCCGCCCAUGAAGUCUUAGGACUAGGAUUCAUAGAUUCAACAUGUACAAUAUAUAAUUAUACACUAACGGUAUUUGUUCAAAUGCUCUCUUCUAGAUUUCUGUACCAUAUACCUAACCGGCUUCACCGAAAUCAUAAUGGCCGGUUUGCGCUGCAUGAUGGGUAGCACCUUUCUCCCCGAUAAAGGUGCCGCCACAGGUAUUGCAUCGAAUGCGGAACCCGGUCGUGUCCGUAAAAUAAUGCUUGGUUUGCAAUAUCUUGCACAGCUCUAGAGAUUUCUCAAGAACCAGUGGGUCUGCUGCGUCGAAUAUCUUUGUAUCGAACUCGGGGGGAGCAUAAGCAUGCGUAAAAGGAGGGUCAGAUGGCGACAAUGCGAUUGUAUCAUAGUGGAUUCCCGAGUACACAAGAACGCAUCGCGUGGGCGGUCCUUCAUUGAAUUUAUCCACACGAAGUGUCUGCACAUCAAUCGAGCAGAUUUCGAUAUCAAAAUGCUUGCUCAAAAUGCUGAUUUCAAUACCACCGCCCCAAGAGUUCUCGUUCUGGAUCCAGCGGCAAUAGUCGUCCGGCUUUUUAUCGAGAACGGCCUCUGAAUAUGUCUCCGGGUUUUCCUGUAUAGUUUGUGCAACCACAGAUCGCAAUUCAGUCAUGGUGUCCAUGCCUCCAAUGAGAGCGCUGCCGACUGCGCGGAAAAGACAAGAAUUAUCGUCGGGCAUGAUGCGCAAAACAAAAGUGCCGGAGUGCUCGGGCGACGGUAUCUCAGGAGGAUCGUCCGACACGCUUUUAUGGUCCUUGCGGGACAGAGACAGUAUACCCGGCGCUUGCUGAGACGUGGGAAUAUGCAUCUUUGUUAUCACAGUAGGUGCUUGGAUCUGGAGACUGUCAUCAGGGCCCUCUCUCUUGGUGAUAAUGAGCUGUUCACCAUUCAGAUUGAUCCCCAUUUCCCUGAUCAUCUGGCUUGGCUCAAAUCGGUCGAUCUCGAGAGGCUUGGGGUUUGGAUACCCAUAUUUCACGUCAUAGUUCAAAAGUCCAGUCUUUUCUGCAAUCUGAAUUCGAAGCUCGUUGACAGUGGCCGAGUCAUCGAGUGCGACGGUGGACUGACCAGCAGGCCCGCGGACUCGGAAUCUCAUCCUACACCAGGUGGAUAAGCAAUACGCGAUUGUUAUAAGUUAAGACGAGGCAAAUGAUUCCAGAAGAGAUCGCAAAUUUAGAGCAUUGAGGCAGGAUCAACAAGACCAGUCCCGCGAUUGCUAUCUCUCAACCCACAGCUAUUGAUGUAGAUGACGUGGGGCAGCAAGGUGGGAUGGCAACUCGAUCUCCCUCAGAAAUCUGCAGCAGUUUAUAUAUAGAAAUUAACAGUAAAGAGCCGUCGCACUAGAAACGAUCAAGGACAGGACAGACAUCACUUAAGAGUUCAUCAGUUUUGUCUAAUAGCAAAUAAGAAGUUAUUUAAA